AUGGUUUCUAAAUCUAGUUUAAUCCGUUUUUCACCAACUCGACGACAUCGCAGAGCUAAAUCAACAAUCUUACAUUUUUGUAUCGAAUUACAAAUCUUUAAAAUUCUCAUUGUGGUUGCAAUAAUAAAAAUUAAAAUCAAUUCAUUUUGUCAAUUAAAUUUACAAUCCUUUAAACAACGUCUUAAUCGAACAAUUAAUUCAUUAAUAAAAUAA